GAUAUUUUCCUGCUGUUCUGCAUGGAAAUAAGACGAAUAGUGUAGUCCCUAGCGGUUUGCUGCUAGUUAUUUGCUAGUUGUUUAUUUGGGUAAUUAGCAGUAGCUAACUGGCUAGCUGCCUAGAUAAAUCAAAUUUAAAAUCAGAGAUUGCCAACUAGAUUUUAGCUACAUGAAUUUCUCGCUUCGCGAAUUACUGUUGGAGCAUAAAAUGUGCACAGUUGUUGGGUCCCCUGUGGCACCAUGAGAUUUUGCCAGGUCCCAAACUCCAGGUCUGUGUACAGUUGCUGACCCCUCCUCCCCCUUCACCCCCACUUCAGCUGGCCUGGAAAUGGCGGACAGUGUGAGAACCUUCCUCCAUGAUGCGACAAUGGGCAUUAAGGAUGCCAUUUUGGGGAUCGGGACCAUCUCCAAACUGGAUGCCCGCAUCCAACAGAAGCGAGAGGAGCAGAGGCGGAGGCGGGCCAGUGGUGUACUGGCACAGCGACGGGGGCAGGGAGAGGAACCCAAGCCAGAGAGCGAGCCUAAGCUGCUGAGCCGGAUCCUGCAGUGCUGCGCGUGGAACGGAGGAGUGUUCUGGCUCAGUCUGUUCCUGUUUUACCGGGUGUUUAUCCCGCUUCUCCAGGCCCUGACGGCUGCAAUCAUUGGUGACCCCUCUCUCCAUGGUGACGUGUGGUCGUGGCUGGAGUUCAUCCUGACGUCUGUGUUCAGCGCACUCUGGGUUCUUCCUCUCUUCGUCCUCAGCAAGAUUGUCAAUGCCAUCUGGUUUCAGGACAUUGCUGACCUGGCGUUCGAGGUGUCGGGGCGCAAAGCCCAGCCCUUCCCCAGCGUCAGCAAGAUCAUCGCCGACAUGCUCUUCAACCUGCUCCUGCAGGCGCUCUUCCUCAUCCAGGGUCUGAUUGUCAGUCUCUUCCCCAUCGAUGCUGUUGGUCAGCUGGUCAGCCUCCUCCACAUGUCCCUUCUGUACUCUCUGUACUGCUUUGAGUACCGCUGGUUCAACCAUGGUAUCGAGAUGCACCAACGGCUCUCCAACAUCGAGAGGAACUGGCCGUACUACUUCGGUUUCGGCCUGCCCAUGGCCCUCCUGACUGCGCUGCCUUCCUCUUACAUCAUCAGUGGCUGCCUCUUCUCCAUUCUGUUCCCGCUCUUCAUCAUCAGCGCUAACGAGGCCAAGACGCCGGUGAAGCCUUACCUCUUCCAGCUGCGACUCUUCUCUCUGGUGGUCCUCAUCAGCAACAAGCUGUUCCACAAGACGGUGCAUCUGCAGUCCACCCUGACAGGCUCCGCCUCCUCGGAGAGACUGCCCUCCCCCCAUGCCUCGCCCACCCGCCAGCGCCCCCUGUCUGCCCAGUGAGGCCCCACCAGGGGGCGGCAGAGUGCCGCACGUAAGCGUCAAUGUCAGCGGACAGCCGGGGGGAGCAGGAGGCGAGACCCUGGCCUGGAGCAGGGGGGCGGGGUUUAGGAGACCCGGGAAAUGUUGGGUGGGCUGGAGAACCGGAACACAGCGUUCGGUGGAGAGAGGUGCCAGUUUGUUAAAGUGAGCUUUGGGUCUAUCUUAUUUUAAUGUGAAAGAUGAGUUGUUUGGGUUUGAUUGUACCUCAGAAACAGAUGUUUCUCCUCUUUUUUUAGCUUCUUGUCAUGUUUUUGAUUGAAAUGUUUGUGUGGAUUAUGUGCCAUUUUUUAAUCUUAUUUUUUCUUGCUUUUGGCCACCAUUCUUUCUGCAAAGAUAUACAUGCGUAUUAACAACAUGGCCUUUGGCAGUAUAUAGUGGUGGCACAAUAUUAGCAGUAGACGGCAAGUACAAAAAAGAAUUUUUGAAAACAAGGAAACGGUUGAGUGUAGAUGGUUCGGUUGACAUAACGAUGCGACCUCACCUCAGCGGUUGACGUUAAGCGGGCUGCUUCUAUACCGUACCUAGCACACCUGCCAAGGUAGCCAAACCCAUUUCCAUCUUGGAGAAAAGCAUCAAAUCCAAUGGAUUCUUGAGCUGAAGUAUAGUAGAAGUAAAGCCUGUAACACUUGUCACACUUGGCCUCAAAAUUGUAUUCAUGGCCUAUGUCAAAAAAACAGCACAAAAGCAAAUUGCAGGCAUUACAAGCGUAGUUGUCUAUAUUUUUGCACCCUAAUAUUUUUCAGAUAGGCAACCAUCCUGUAUGCUGGUUGGGCCAACCAGAUCAAACUGAUGAGCAGCACAGAGAGCUUCCGUUUAUCUACAGUUUGUGUACAGUGUCGAGCAGGGUUUCCUCUCUCCACCCAGGUCUGCUAUGGCUGCUACUCACUUUGCUCAUGGAGCACGUUUUUUCUUUUGUUUAUUUUAUUUUAUUUUAUUUUUUUAAAGAAAACCUUGUGAACCUCUGUAAGAAUUCAGAGAGGUAUUCAAUGAAGUUGACCUGUAAUUCCAGAGGAUAAACUUGACUCCGUCUCUAAAAACAAAAGGGGCAGUUUUUUUCACACUGUUUUCUGGGAGAAGUUUAAUUUAUUUUGAUUUUUUUGCUGUUCAGCCACAGGUGUUUGUCUCAAUGUAAUCUGCAAAAAAAUGAAGGAGCUUCUAUGAAAAAAACUUUCAGUAAUUUGGUUACAAAGCUUGUUGCUCUUCAUUUUGUGGAGAUUGUGUCCUUGGCUUUGUUUGGUUCAGAUGUGCCAUGAGAGGGGUCUUGGCCAAUCUGAGGAGGGUGCAUGUUGUAACGAGAAUAGCAACCUAAAUUUUGUCGCAAGUAUGUUCCAAUUCAACCCAGGGUCAACCAAGUGUUCCUUAUAAAAGUAAUACAUAGCAGAUGUUGCUUAUGAUAUGGAAGUUAAAGGGGCUGUCUCCUUAGAAAUGUCCUUAAAAUAAUUAUCUUGCAAACAGAAUCUGAAUGAUGGGAUGUCAGCCUUUGUAAACUGAUUAGCACUCUUUCUUAUGAAGGUGAAAAUCAGCUGACUGCCAGGCCUGUGUCAACUCACAGCUUUACGUAUAAUUGUGUCUGUGACAAACUACCUGCCUGUUCAGAGCAACAACACAGCUGGAACAGUUGCGUUCUGAUCUCAACUGUCGCAUCUGAUCUAUACCGAAUUGUAUACCUUAUGUUUGAAAAGCAUUGACAUUCACAAAUAUUUUUUAAUCUGUAUCCAGGAACAGUCACUAAUCACGGUGAAGCACAACUGAGCGUUGGCAUUUAUUUGUAGGUACUGAGGGAGUGGGGGGGAGCUGAAGAUGUCCAAUUCCAGACAACACUGCCAAACUGCUCAACCAGAUUUGUUUUGAGCUUUCUGCAUGACUCAGUCAUGCACUGAAAUACUCAGUAGCAUUUUGGAAGAUUAUUUGUGACUGAUGUAGUGGCAUGAUCCCAAAGUCAGAGAAGUGGCAAGUAUACCUCAAACAGGUCAGAAAUGGUACAUACACAUUAGCAAGCACAAAGGACUGCUCUUGGUCUCCAAAUAACUACAGACUGAAUGCAGAAAACAAACUAUGGCUCAGUGUUAUAUGUUACACAGAACAUGUGUGUGGCUCAUGUACCACAAGUAGGUUGUGAAUGUUAAGUACUGACUGAAUCACCUGUCAUAGCUAAUGGAGUGGGGAAUUGGGUAACAAUAAUCUAAUGAUUGUAAGAAAUUCAUACAGCUCUACGUAAUGCAGGUUGUUUAUCGUGAGGUUUUGUGAAAGUAUUAUACAUUUUGUCCAAUAAAACAUAUGUCAAAAAUA